UGGCACUCAGAAGACAUCGUGGGUAUCAGCAGCUGCAGAGAAGAGAGAAGAGGUAUCUUUCAACUUCCAACUCACUCAGCUCAUGGCUUCCGUGGAUCUGUGCAAAGAUUCCAUGAAAGAUGCUAUUACUACUCCAAUUCCGAAGGCUGCCACCGAUUGUGCGGUUCCGAUAACUCCUCAGGCUCUCGCCGAGAAUGGAGAUUUUCAAUCCCAAUACCCUCUCACUCUCUCAGUGCUCAGGAAACAACUCAAACGUGCCUGCAUUCAUUGCGAUUCGGUCAGAUGUGGUGGCUCUGUUGAUAAUAGUGAUGAAAAUGACAAUGGCAAUGGUAGUAUUGAUAGCCCCCGAACUCCUGAGGAGGGUGUUUUUGACCCCUUUGCACCUGGUCCUGAUGACAUGGCGCGUGCACCCAACAGCAACAAGUAUCUUGAUGACUACAGGAACUCCGUUGCCCGCAGACUUAAUUUUCAGCCCUCCUUUGAUGUUUCUCAGGUUGAUAGUGACACUCUUUCAGAUGAGGACAUGGUUGAGUCCGUGUACGAGAAUCUUUUGCAAGUGAUUUUUUCAAAGCAGGCUGAGGAGGUUCUUGCUCAACUGUCAUACUAUUGUGAAACACCUCCUUCUGCGACUCGCAUCACUGUAAUUGCCGACACUUGUCCAGGUGCACCUAAGAAACCAGCGGCUCCACCUAGGAACAUCGAUCCGAGGUUGUGCAAGAAGCUUGAAUUCUGACUCAGACUCAACCCACCCAACUUAGAUCAGAUACACAUCACAUUCAUUCGCAACUGCAUUUUGUGCUCCUAAUUUGACGAUGUAUCUCUACUAUGUAGCAUAACUUGUUCAGGGAAAAUGUUUUUCACAGAACACUUUUGCAUAUGACCAAGAUGAUACAUCUAGCAACUAUAUUGUAUAGUAAACUGUUGACGUUAGUUUAUUUUACCAUGAAUUAUUCUGUAGUUUUAAUUUCGUUGUGAAGUUGGUCUGAUUCAAUUUUACUGCAAUUAUGUUUUGUACAUGAUGGUUCAAGCUUGAAUGAUACUUUCCCUCUGAAGUUU